GAAAAUGGCAGCAACCACCAACAACUGAGCAGUACUGUGCAGCUGAAUGGUGGUCUUGACAUCAUAUUUAGUCUAUGUUCGUGGCGUGUCGUGUGGAGUUCGUUGUGAGGAGUUUUGUAGGAGUACCUGAAGGCAGCAGAUCCAGUCCCUUAAAGUUAGCUAGCAUUAGCAGUAGCUGCAGUUAGCCGGUAGGAGAGGACCGCAGCAUCAGCACCAGCCAUACACAAUGUCAUAAAACAGGCACCAGCUGACUUCACUGUACGAGACGACUUGGAGGAACACCAGUUAAAAAUGAGCCGCUUCUGCUCAGACAACAACAACUUUCCCUAUGACAACAACGUCCUGGUUCUGGACAUGGUGCUGGGCUCUCUGUGGGGAAUGCCCCAACCCAUAAACUGGGACAAUGUAGCCAAGCUAGUUCCAGGAUUCACUCCCAAGGAGUGUGCCCGGCGAUUCGAGGAGCUGAAGAGCACAGGGGGUUUUCCUCACGUGGACAAUCAAUGUAACGCCUUGACAGAAGGAAGCACCUCCCCUUCAGAUGGCCUGACUGCGCUGCUGGACACUGGCGAGGUGGUGGAGACAGGGAGCAAGCAGAGCAGCAGCAAAGUUACAGGCUCCAAAUCGACACCCUCAGGAAGAGUCGGUGCUGUGGAGAAGAAAGAGAGACGAGUCUCAGCCGAGGAGGAGGACAAACCUCAGAAGCCACGAGAUCCCAACAUGGUCAUCCAUGUGUGUGACGAGACCAAGAACCUGAAGCAGGACUUCACGUGUCCCAGAGAUCUCCUAGUGAAAGAGAUGCGUUACUUCGCUGAGUACCUGUCUGUGGACGCCCAGCGGUGGGAGGAGGUGGACAUCUCCGUUCACUGUGACGUGCAGAUCUUCGACUGGCUCAUGAACUACGUCAGGAGGAACUCCGCUGGAGAGGGAAACAAGGACAAACCCCGCCUUGAGCCCAGCAAUGUGAUCUCAAUCCUGAUCUCCUCCGAGUUCUUGAAGAUGGAUACGUUAGUGGAGGAGUGCAUCCAGUACUGCCACAAACACAUGAGCGCCAUCGUGGCCACACCCUGCAACAUGAACUGCAUCAACAGCAACUUGGCCACACGCAUCGCAGAACUCUUCAACCACAACGAGGCCGACGACAUCAGGGACAAAAAAGACAAGUUCAAAAGCAAAUUGUUUCAGAAGAAAAUCGAGCGUCUCUUUGAUCCAAACUACCAGAGCAGAGAUUCACCUGGAAACGCCUCCACUCUCUACAGGUGUGGUCUGUGCCUUAAGAUGCUGACCAAAGACACGGAGAGGAAGAUUUCCUGUGUUCCAGGGAAAAUCAACAUCGAUGCACGUGGAGAGAUCAUCUACACACACACUAAACAGAAAAGCUGGGAUGUGCAUGAAUACAUCAGCAGUCUGUAUGAGGAGCUCAAGUCCUGGGUCCUGGUCUACUGGAGAAUCUGGGGUACCAUCAACUACCUCACCUGCUCCCGAUGCCAACAGGUGUUUGUGUGUGCAGAGCUGACCCACUGUAAGUACCACCCAGACAGUGUGCUGUACCCUGGUAUGGGUACUGAGAAAGGCUGGCAUGGUGCAGGAAUCUACCCCUGCUGCAACCAGAGGGUUCUCCGCUUUGACCCCAGUGGUAUGCCCAAGGGCUGUAAGAUGCGAGACCACAUUGUGAACGUACCUGAUGAGGAGAACUGCGACGAGGCGACCUCAGCCCAGACCAGAGUCCUGAAUGACCUGCUGCUGCACAGAGACGCAGUGUGUUUGUUGAACACACCACCUGCAGAGGGUACUGAGGAGAGUCCAUCCAGUGCAGAGAAGGUUCAGCAGGACUGUGAUGUUCUCCUGGAGCCGACGCUGCUCGGACCUCUGAGAGGGGACGGCAGCACUUUUUCCCUUUUGAAAAACUGGAGUCUACAACUGAGGCAGCAGUCGCUCCUGUCAGAGGACGAGGAGUACACCACGGGGUCAGAGGUCACUGAAGACGAGGUGGGGGACGAAGAGGAGCUGUCCAAGAAACAAGCUGCUAAGAAGGCCAAGAAGGCCCACAGACCUCUGAAAAAACAAAUGUCCUCUCCAAACUUCCAGCGCAAAGACAAAGCAGAGAAAGCCCAGUCCAGAGACAACACACCUUUCAUAGUGAGUGUCCAGAAAAGUAAGUGGGACAGUUCUCGCUCGAUGCGUUACAACCAGGACGCUCAGAGGGAAGAAGACCAGCGUCGCAUGGUGGAGAUUGUCGGCUACCUGAAUAAGAUGAGGUUUGGAGACCAGGAACAGAGCAAAUCUAAGGACACUAAAGAGCCUACAGGAGGAAUCUACUCCAGACUGGAAGCGCAGUUUAAGAGUGCCUCUCAAACCAGACAGAGUUCAGAGAAGACACCCAGUAGAUCUAAAAUACGCUACGCUCAAAUCCGGACAACAUAAAGGACCUGAGCUGCCCAAGAGUCGAGCAUGACAACUGAUGAAGAGUCAGUGGAACAAAGAGGAAGAGGCGAGGUCCUUCUGCGAGGGCUCAGUACAAGAAAAAAAACUUCCUCCUGGUAGCCCCCUAAGCACGGCCACAACCUAUAACCCAGCUGUGAACCCUCUCCUCACCCUCGCCCCUCGUCAGACCUGCCCCCCCCCCUCUGUGCUUAACUCAGGUGACUAUGUAUGCAUCACCAUCAACUGCGCCCCCUGUCACUCAGCUAGCUACUUAUUUGUGCAGCUGUGGUCCGUCCUUGGAAAACAAGCUCUUCUGGAUCCAGCUCAGUUUAGGGAAAUGCACUUGAACUGAUCUCACUGUGUCUUCAGGAAUUAGUUUUGGAGCCUGACAAGUUGGGAAUUUCCAUAAAGGACAACAUGAGAAAUGCUAGUUUAUUCUUUCAUCUGACCUGAAGACCUGAAUUAUUCGGAUCCAGUGAACUCCACACGUAUGUGACUUUCUCAGAGAAAGAGAAGUGAUGCCAAAUGCAAGAUAGUGCUGCGUCAACACAGUUCAGCUUGUUUUGGUUAAACCACCAAUCACACAACAUUAGUACGCUCAAAUGAACUCUGUAUUAGCACUCAUUGUCUUCUGUGGUGAAGCCAUCUGGACGAGACAGACAGAACAGUUACUAACAUGUCCCCCACCCCCCCACCCCCCAGUCCUGGUAGAGGUAUAUAGGUUUAGUCAUUCCUGUUUGUACUGGAAUGUGACUGCACUGUACAACACUGGGACCAA